AAAGGUUUGCAUCCAGCUAACGGCGUAAUAUAUGUCGGCGUCGAACUACAAACAUCUUUCUCCGGCGGCGAGAAGCUGGCCGGCGACGGUCGGCAUGUCCGGAGAGUACAGUAUGUAUCAAAUAUGAAAUAACGAGGCCCAGGACUUGUACUUACGCUUGGUGAGAAACAUCUCUCCAAUUUCCCCUAUUUCACUCUUUUACUUCCAAUGCGCCUUGUUCUUUGCUUCUCCAUUGCCAGUUCUUGAAACUGGGUCAACACUACACUCCUUUUCCUUCUCCCGGCUAACUCUGAAGCGCGGCAUUGGCAGAGUAGAUUGCAAUGAAUACCAUAUCACCUACCGCGAGCCCCAGGAGGCCCCGCGAACGCCAACUCGACCAGCGCGAUUCCCUCCUACGAGCUUCUAUUCUAGACACCGCGUUGGAGCUCGGUGUCGGUACGAAUAAUACAGUCGCCAAUUGGAUUUUUAACCCUGUGGAGGAAGUAGACGAAGACGCCGAUAGCAUCCUUUCUCCGAGUCUGACCUAUGGUUCCACUGCAACGUCGGAGGAAUCAUCGUUCUCAAACUCGCCCUAUUCUCGCAGCCAGCCUGGCGCUGGAGCAUCUCAUUUAGGUUCUUCAGCGAGGAAACCUUUCAGCCCCGAGCGUGUCGGGUAUUCGCCGGAGGGAGGUUUGACUGGCAAAGACAUUUCUGCCCAACGUACCGUCCAGUUCGACCUCAGUGCAACACCCGAGCCUCGUGCCGUUUCUCCUCUACCUUCCCCACAGAAGCAGUCGAAAUUGCGGAAACCACGACCGGGUGGAUAUGAUAGUGAUGGCGGUUACAUGAGCGACAGCUCUAAACCGAAGAAGGACAAGAAGGGCAAGAAGAAGAGCAAGGCAGAUGGCAAUCAAACCGAGUAUGAGAGCGAUGGUGGCUAUCUCUCCGACUUCUCGUCCAAGAAGAAAAAGGACAAGAAGAGCAAGAAAGAUAAGCCAAAGACCACCGAAUACCCUGGAACCGACUACGAAUCGGACGGCGGAUAUAUCAGUCGGUCGUUUGGAAGCAAGAAGAAGCCGUCCAAGAAGUCUUCUGCACCAGGUGACCCUCAAACGGGUGACGAGUCCGACGGAGCAUACAUGUCUGAAGCGUCGACGAAGAAGAAACGCUUCUUCCGUUUCCGCAAGAAACAGGAUUCAGGCGACACUUCACUGCCGGAAAUUAUACCACCCGUACCUCAGCUCCCCCCAAUGUCUCUUCCUAUUGCAGACAGGUUUGCUUCAAGAAGCGUUACUCCCAAUUCCAUGCGGACGGCGACUCCUGCGCUCAGCGAGCACACGCUCACAGAUCGCAUGAGCGAUGAUUUCCGCCCGUCGAAUGAGUCCUCCACUAGCGUGCCUCUCGGGUCACUCAAGUCACUAGCGAAUCCGUUCAAAGAUGCCGAGUCGGUGCGUUCACCCAGUAUAGACGUGCUUGCCACUUUCCACCGUCGCGGGGUACUGCCAGGCCAGUCCAUCGACGGACGCUCCCCGGGGGCAGGAUCCCCCUCACCUCUGAGCCAAAGCUUCGCUCAGAUGCAAUUAGAGCAGACCGCUUCUCCCGAAUCUUCGCAACAUGCAUUCAAGAUCCCUACCGUGCCAACCAUCGCUUUGCCUAAGUCUAAGAAGAACCAAUCAAUGAAGCAUACCCCGCCUCAUAUAAGUGCUCCUAAUACUAGCGCAUUAGCCGCUAGAACUUCCAAUACCCCCGUUCCGUUGACUAUUACCCCGCCUACACCCGUCGCUUUGCUUUCGCCUCAUAGACCUGCAUUACCUUCUUCUCCGGCUGAUCGUUCUUUCUCUUCCUCUCCGUCUAGGAUACAAGGAUCUCAGAAAUCACCUUUUGACCCUUCAGCUGUACAGGACCGAUCCGCUGACGUCCCUCACACACCGACCACUUUCACAGACAACUUGUCCACUGCACCUCCCUCACCCCUCCCUUCCAGAUCCCCUAGUCCCAACCCUAGUACUCAGACGCUGUCACGACCCCAUGUUCUGGCUUAUUAUGAUCUACCGCCUCCAAGUCCACCUCCGUCAGGCCCACUACCGAGCGUUCCAGGUGAGGCGCCCACGAGUCCAUUUGCUAAGGCGCAGAAUGCCAUGCUUCACAAUAGGGAUGGCAGUGGAUCGGGCACUACAGAAGGUGCUUCAGACAGACCCUCUUUUUCACCUGUUCGGAAGACGCCUGCGCAGGGUGCAGCCACAAUGCCAUCUUCACCGCUUCCACCUCCAGCAACACCCCUUUAUGCUCGUUCACAAACCGCCAGUCCAUCUUUGUUCUUACAUCGUGCAGGGUCAACUCAACGUGGGCGCGAACCACCUUUCCCCUCCAGACCCGUACUUCCACGCGAGGAAUCGGCGGAGCUGGUCCGCAGGACUUCUGUAUCAAGAAAUGGUAUUCGCAGGCCACCCUUUUCGGCCGAUGCAACCGGUUCAUAUGGAAACCGGCCUGCGAGAGAGUUUGAGCAGUCAAGGUUGGACGCCCAUUGGCAACCGAGGUCUGCUUCGGCUAUGGAUGUGAGAGACCAUUCUCCGGACAAACGGGGUGGCCGUCGAUCUUGGAGUGAAUACAACGAAAUCGAACAUGAUAACAUACGAUCGCCAACCGACACUCAUCCUGUUGUGGAUGAUGUCAUCUCGAUGCUUCGUGCUCAUAAGAAGGAUCUCGACCAAACGAGCACUCUCGUCCCGCCCUCUGAAGAUGAUGCACGGUCAUCAUUGUAUUUCGACGUUGAUGACGGCGCUAGCGGUCAAGGUGACCGGUACAGUAUAUGGAGUGCAAAGAGUCGAGCAAGUAUAUUGGAUGGGGAGCGUAGCGGGAACAUGAGGGAUCGGUUCGUCAGGCGGGUGGAGGCUAUGGUUGGAAAGGAACGAGUUCCUCCGGUUCCCAAGAUAUCCACUCCCCCGAGCGGUGGGAUGUUUUGAUUCUCGGUUCUUUUAUUCUCAGGUCUUUCUUGCUGCUUUCUGGUUAUUGUACAUUGCUCCGAGCGAGUAGUUCAUUUCGCUUAUUUGGCCGGCAAUAGUUGCUGCUUUCUUGGUGAUAUAUUCGUUCCAUUAUUCAUCAACGCAAUUGACAUCGAGGCAAAGAACUUGAAAAUGCAUACGCCGAAGGGAGUCGAACCCUUGCCGCUUGCUUGGAAGGCAAGCCAAACGGAAGGCAUCGAUCGAGUGUCGAAUGUUAAGUUAUAGUCAAGCCUCAAGUCAGAUUCCGAGGGGUGAAUGCUGGCCACUGGAGAUGUACUUUCCGUGGACAGUUUCUAACAACCCCAGAAUGCAUUCGGGCUACAUCCACGAUGUGCAAUUAAGCAUUAUCACUUUGCAUGGGCGAUACUGAAGUAUGCACGAGUCGGACCUCAGUCAGUGCUGAUACGAACGCCUAAAAAAAUGCCGAGUCCCUAUGCUCGGUUUCAGCCUUCAAUGUGUUCUAGGGGAGUACCUUCCUACGUGCAGUAUAUGAAUGUCUACACCGAGGCCACCGACAACUGUCACGGCUUGGAGGGAACCAAAAAGCGGGCCCAACUGGGAUUCGAACCCAGGAUCCCUUGCAAUCAGAUAGAAGAUCAGAGCCCAAAGCAAGUAUCUUACCUCUAGACCAUUGAGCC